AUGCCGACUCAGUUCCACGAUGAGUCGGGCCGGACCAUCAUCCUGAGGGGCGUCAACCUCGCCGACGGCAAAUCCCCCCCCGGCCAGCCCACCUACAAGCUCUCAUCACUCGACAGCCACGCCAAGGUCUCGUACCUCGGGGGCCCACUCACCCUCGAAGACGCCCCGGCGCAGCUCGCCCGCCUGCGCCACCUCGGCUUCAACGUCGCCCUCGAGCACGCCGGGCCGGGGGUCUACGACGACGGGUACAUCGCGCACGCCGCCUCCCUCGUGCGGCUCUGCAACGACCACGGCCUCCGCGUCGUCGUCAACCCGCACCAGGACCUGUGGUCGCGCUUCGCGGGCGGCAGCGGGGCGCCCCUCUGGACGCUGCACGCCUGCGGGCUCGACCCGGACGGCUUCGCGGACACGCAUGCCGCCGUGCGGCACGCAGAGUGGCCGACGGGUGGCGACAACACGACGCACGGCGGCCGGGGGAAGGACAAGGACCCGCGCGCCAUCCCGGACAUGAUGUGGACGAGCAACCACAGCCGCUUGGCGGCGCUGACUCUGUUCGCGCUCUUUUUUGGGGGCAGGGACUUUGCGCCGCGGUGCAAGAUCGACGGCGUCAGUGUCCAGGACUACCUCCAGAACCACUACAUGGCGGCAUAUGGCCGGCUUGCUGAUGCCCUGAGGGGCCUGGAGUUUGGGUGGGAUAGUAUGAAUGAGCCUGAGCCCGGGCUGAUCGGGUGGAAGGAUCUGGACAUCAUGGAGAGGGGGGCAAGCGCGACGAUUGGGAGCACGCCGAGCCCCAUCCAAGCGAUGAAAUUAGGGAUGGGCAUCGAGCAGACCGUGGACCGGUUCAAGCUGGGCAAGACUGGCCCACACAAGAGCGGGACAGUCACGGUGACGCCAGGCAGGACUUGCUGGUUGAAGAGGGAAGACGUGAGGUGGAAGUGGGACAGGUCUGACGAGUGGAAGCUGGGAGAGUGUGUCUGGGCGCAGCACGGGGUUUGGGAUGUCGGGACCGGAGAGCUGAAAAAGCCACAGUACUUUGACCAUCCUCCGCCCGGCUCGUAUGAGGCGGCAAGCAGCGCGGGCGAGCCAUUCGACUGGAAGGCAGUGUACUGGAGGUCUUAUUACGAGAAGUGGAACGCAGAGAUACGGAAACACUCACCAGCAACAAUGAUGUUCUUCCAGUCAUCAGUCUUUGACCCUCCGCCACACAGCCUGCUGUCAGACAUCACAUCGCACGGGGACCACCAGCACAUGGCGUACAGCCCCCACUUCUACGACGCCCUGACCGUCAUGAAGGGCCACUGGCACAAGUACUGGAACAUCGACAUCCUCUCCCUGCUCCGCGGCCCGCAGGACAUGAGCAACAAGCUCAGGGCCCUGCGCGUCGGCAACGCCAAGGUGCGCAGGGUCAUCUCGGACCAGCUCGGCGAGCUCGCCAACGACGUCAACGGCGGCGCCGAGGACGAGAACAGCCACCCCGUGCCGACGCUGGUCGGCGAGACGGGCAUCCCGUUCGACCUCGACGGCGGCAAGGCGUACAGGGACGGCGACUACUCCAGCCACGUCGCGGCGCUGGACGCCAUCGUGAGCGGGUGCGACAACCACCUCCUCAGCUACACCCUCUGGGCGUACAGCUCGUGCAACACGCAGGAGUGGGGCGACCACUGGAACGGCGAGGACUUGUCCAUCUACUGCGCCGAGACCGGCUCGUUCCCGAGGCACAAGUACCUGUCCGGGUUCAGGGCCGCGGCGGCCUGGUGUCGGCCGUACGUCCAGUCGCUCGGUCCCGGCACGAGGCUGGCCAGGAUGGAGUUUGACCUGAAGACCAGCAAGUUCCACGUGGAUGUCGACGCUGCUGACGCGGGGGACGUCGUCAUCUACGUGCCCUGGCUGCAUUACAGGCGCUCCGAUGACGAGGAUGAGUUGGAGGUGGACGCGGACGCGUCGGGAGGGGAGUGGGCUCUGCACAGCAAGGCGCAGAUCCUUCAUUGGACAUACCAGCAGGGAGGGAAGCUGAGUUUGCAGCUUACGAGGACGUCGGGGGCCUUAUCACCCAGGGAACUUGGGACUUUGAUCCAGCGGUGA